AUGGUUCGGCAGAAAUAUGUGCAGAGAAAGGAGAUACUCUUUGGAGAAGCCAUGUUCAAUAACCAGAUGAAGCCAAGAUCUUCCAACACCAUGGACAGUAUUGUACAAUUCAAAAACCAGGACUUCACCACCUUGAGGAAUCGCUGUUUAAGCAGUAGAAGGCUAUUCGAAGAUGACAUAUUCCCGGCCGAUGACAGUGCCAUAGGGUGGAAACUCAUGAAUGAAAAAGCUAUUCUAAGCCCUGAGUGGAGGAGACCAAUGGAUUUACCAGGGAACAAGUCCUCUCACUUUAUUCUGGAUGGUAUCAGCAAAUAUGAUAUUCAACAAGGAGAAGCAGGUGACUGCUGGUUUCUAGCAGCCCUGGGCUCUUUAACCCACAAACCUGAACUUCUGGCAAAGAUCAUACCAGCAGACCAAAGCUUCACCCAAGGAUAUGCAGGGAUUUUCCAUUUCCAGUUUUGGCAGUGCGGACAGUGGGUGGAUGUGGUGAUAGACGACCGUCUCCCUGUGAGCUCAAUCAAUAAAAAAUGCCUUUUUGUUUAUCCCCGUGGAGACCAGAGGAGCAACGAAUUUUGGCCCUGUUUGCUUGAGAAGGCUUAUGCCAAGCUCCAUGGCUCCUACUCCCAGUUGCAUUAUGGCUACAUGACUGACUCAUUGGUGGAGUUGACAGGAUGGGUAGUCACAAAAAUCGAUCCUAGGGAAAUCCAUCCCAAUCUGUUCAAGAACUUGAAGGUGGCCCUGCAAUCUGGCUCACUAAUAACAUGUGGGACCUCAAGAGUAAACCAGUUGGGACUAGUGAGUACUCACGCCUAUACGGUGACAGGAAGUGACGAGGUUAUUUUGGACACUGGCCGGGAAGAACUCAUCCGAUUGUGGAACCCUUGGGGCCAUAAAGAAUGGACAAAACGUUGGAGUGAUAAUUCCCCAGAAUGGCAGAAAGUCCAAGGAUCAGAGAGGACCAGGCUUUAUAAGAGAAAAGAAGAUGGAGAGUUCUGGAUGGCCUUUCAAGAUUUCCAGAAGUUAUUUACCAGCAUCUUUAUUAAGAAAGAUUUGAAAUUAAAUAAAAAGAUCUGUGCUGGCAUGAAAAGUUGGGGCAGUAGCAAUUAUGAACAAAAAAAGAUGGCAGUUAUACAUGCCCUCGGGAAUACGCUUCAGUACUUUUUCUCUGUGACAGAGCCCAUGGAAGGUAUCAAUGUGGUAGUCACCAUCAACAUCCAGCGUAAGAAGAAUAGAGAGAUGAUUUUUAAAGUAUACAGGUUGAAGACCAGUCCUAUCCAAGGCAAGAAUGUUAUGUCCGGAUGGAAUUACACAGAAAGCUUCCACUUGGUCCCUGGCACCUAUGUGGUAGUCCCCACAACUGAUAGAAAAUUGGAGUUAUUCCUUCGAAUCUUCCUGAAACAACAGGGUGUCAACAGGAAUCUACCUGGAAGCUUCAAGUUCAUGAGCUCCAAGGAGAAUCUUCCAGAAGUCCAGAAUCAUGAGAUCAUUUUCAACAGAUAUGCCCAACAGGGCCCAGGUAUUGAUGCCUCCCAGCUACAAAACCUUCUCAACAAGGAACUCCUUGAAAAUAACUCUUCUGAACCCCUAAAGAGAAAGUUCAACUUUGAUGAGUGUCGGAGUAUUUUGGCUCUGAUGGAUGUCAAGGUCAAUGGACAUCUCGACCUAAAAGAAUUUAGGCAGCUGUGGAAGAAGCUUAUUCGAUGUCAGGACAUUUUCCGGAAAGUAGAGAAGAAUGGCUCUGGAUUCCUCAUGGGUUCGGAUCUGUGGAAAGUGACACAAGAAUCAGGAUUAUUCCUAGGUACUUCCAUUAACAGUGAGCUACUAAACCUCAUGACCAUUAGGUAUGGAGAUGGAACCGGAAAAAUAUAUUUUGCAGACAUGAUCUGUUUCCUCAUCCGGCUUGAAAUCAUGUCAAAGGCUUUUCAUAACCUCUCAAAAGAUGGGCAAGGACUCUACUUGACUGAGACUCAGUGGAUCAAGUUCACUAUGUAUUGCUGA